UAAAGUGCUAGUACCCCACGCUAACGUUGUGCUACUUUAGAACUGGGGGGGUGGCCGUCCGCAGCAACAUGCCUUUCCUCUUCCUGGGCUUUGCUUUGGGCGCCGUGGCCACCAACAGGCUGAGGACUUUCAUCAAUGGAGUAACGAGUCCAGCGCCGCCCACCGUUUGCGCAGGUGACGCGAGCGCCGACAAAAAGUGGGACAGCGUGGAGACGCGCAACCUCCACGACAAGAAGAACCCCCUGAAGAAGAUCUGCCGCUUUGCAAAUUACUGCAACAACUGCUGGAUGAACGCCACCCUGCAGGCCACACUUAACCUGAGCGUGGUGCAGGACAAGCUCCCCAAGCAGUUUCAAGAGUUUGUGACUCUACUUCCUGAGAUGCCCGCCUUUGUGUGCCUCUACUUGUCCGCCCUGGAAAACCCGGGCAUGUGUUUCACGUCGGCAGAGCUCUGCGUGGCGUUGGCGGAGCUCUGCGACUCCGUGCCUUCGCUGAUCUUGUACGAGACCAACGACUCCUUGGACUUGCUGAUGCCUCUGCUGUCCUGGUUCGACCAGUGUGGCAUCCAGACCACCAUCCAGGUGCGGGACGUCAGCAGGUGUCCUCAGUGCCACUUCACCACCUCGUCCACGUCCAACUUGGGCAGCAUCGUCAGUCUGCCAAAACCGCUCAACGGCGAGACGCUGAACUCUCUGAUCAGACGCGCCACGGGCGGGCGCCAAGGACGCUGCAAGGCAUGCGGUCACAAAACCGACAGGCGGCAGUUUUGGACACACCCGGACAUCUUGACCUUUUUUGUCAACCGAAUCGCCAGCGACGGCUUCGUCUGCCACGACCGUGUCUACUCGCCGGAGCAGUUGGAAAUGGACGUGGACGAAAACACCAAGCAGACUUACCGGCUGUCCUCUGUCAUUUGUCACGCCGGUAUGGACUACCACCCUGGACACUUCUGGUCCUACCUGUUUGUGGACGACAUCACCAUCGAGGCCAACGACACCUACCUGUCCUUCACAAACAAAGGUCCGCCCGAUAAAGUGUACAACAACGGUACCACCUAUCUCUAUGAAAUUUAGCUACGUCUCAUUGGCUUUCGUCAAGUCGAUUCAGGUGCGAACGUAGAACAGUUUGUUAGGUUCAGUGUCCAGAUAGCAACUGCUGUCGUCAGAACGUGUCUAGUCAACCUAACUCCAAGCAAAACGAGAGCAGUGUAAGACCGCGAGGGGCCUGAAACCAGUCAGCUAUUACUUUUAUGUUACUUUUUCGUCUGCCACAACCGUGUCUACUCGCCGGAGCAGCUGGAAAUGGACGUGGACGAACACACCAAGCAGACUUACCGGCUCUUCUCUGUCAUUUGUCACGCCGGUAUGGACUACCACCCUGGACACUUCUGCUCCUACCUGUUUGUGGACGACAUCACCAUCGAGGCCAACGACACCUACCUGUCCUUCACCAGCAAGGGUCCGCCCGAUAAAGUGUACAACAACGGUACCACCUAUCUCUAUGAAAUUUAGCUACGGCUCAUUGGCUUUUGUCAAGUCGAUUCAGGUGCGAACGUAGAAUGGUUUGUUUACUUCAGUGUCCAGAUAGCAACUGCUGUCGUCAGUACGUGUCUAGUCAACCUGACUCCAAGCAAAACGAGAGCAGUGUAAGACCGCGAGGGGCCUGAAACCAGUCAGCUAAUACUUUUAUGUUACUUUUUCGUCUGCCACGACCAUGUCUACUCGCCGGAGCAGCUGGAAAUGGACGUGGACGAACACACCAAGCAGACUUACCGGCUCUUCUCUGUCAUUUGUCACGCCGGUAUGGACUACCACCCUGGACACUUCUGGUCCUACCUGUUUGUGGACGACAUCACCAUCGAGGCCAACGACACCUACCUGUCCUUCACCAGCAAGGGUCCGCCCGAUAAAGUGUACAACAACGGUACCACCUAUCUCUAUGAAAUUUAGCUACGGCUCAUUGGCUUUUGUCAAGUCGAUUCAGGUGCGAACGUAGAAUGGUUUGUUUACUUCAGUGUCCAGAUAGCAACUGCUGUCGUCAGUACGUGUCUAGUCAACCUGACUCCAAGCAAAACGAGAGCAGUUUAAGACCGCAAGGGCCUGAAACCAGUCAGCUAUUACUUUUAUGUUACUUUUUCGUCUGCCACGACUGUGUCUACUCGCCGGAGCAGCUAGAAAUGGAUGUGGACGAACACACCAAGCAGACUUACCGGCUCUUCUCCGUCAUUUGUCACGCCGGUAUGGACUACCACCCCGGACACUUCUGGUCCUACCUGUUUGUGGACAACAUCACCAUCUAGUUCAAUGACACGUACCUGUCCUUCACCAGCAAGGGUCCGCCCAAUAAAGUGUACAACAACGGUACCACCUAUCUCAAUGAAAUUUAGCUACGUCUCAUUGGCUUUCGUCAAGUCGAUUCAGGUGCGGACGUAGAACGGUUUGGUUCAGUGUCCAGAUAGCAAGACUGCUGUCGACAGAACGUGUCUAGUCAACCCAACUCCAAGUAAAACGAGAGCAGUGUAAGACUGCAAGGGGCCUGAAACCAGUCAGUUAUUACUUUUGUAUUAUUCUUUAAUCACAUUUAUAUUUCUCACUAGAUUUCCUGGAGAAAUGUUUAAUGUUUUAAAAGCUCAACUGAAAUAUGGAUGACGUUAGAACACGUAAUCUACAUAUCAAACAUGGCAAGGGAAAAUAUAAACUAGGGCUGUCAAACGGUUAAAAUAUUUGAAUGCGAUUAAUCACAUUUUGUGCAUAGAUAUCUUAAAAUUAAAUCACGUUAGAUAUAAUUUUUCAUCUUAAGUGUGACCUCGACAGAUAAUCAAGUUUUUAGUACCAGUCCAAGACUGAACAAUUAGUUUGUUUUAAUGAGAUGUUUUGUUUUAUUUAAUUAUGAUUUUCUAAACAAACAAAAAAACCUGCAAUGCAUUGAUGUCUUGCCAAAUUUUGUAUGGUACCAAUAUGGGAUUUGUAUUACUGCUAUAGGAGCACUUGCAUUCAGAGGAGGAGCUACGCCAUAUUUAGCAGUUUCACACAAAAAUGACACAAAAUGUGGAUUGAUAUGAUCAUGCUUUGAUUGUCAAAGAUGUUUGGUAAUGUUAUUUGUGAUAUUUCUACGUCAAUAAAUGCUUCUGAUAUUCUGUGCAUUACAUGUUGUACAAGUUAAGUGUAUUCAUAUAUAUGCAUAACAAUGUUUUAACCUCUAUUAAUGAAAUGUGAUAUUCAGUCGGCAAAACAUACUGUAAUUGCAGACUAUCAAUCAGAACAGGUUAUACAAGAAUAUACACUUUAUUUCAAUCUGCCAGAAAACAUAUAGGUGGAAUUAUCACAGAUUACAUUGCAAAACAUGAUCGUAAUGUAAGACAUUUUUCAUUAUGUUUCUGUAGUUAGACAGGAUGUGAUGCGUAGCGCUAUUAUUUUGAAGCCACAAGUGUGGGGUUGGUUUGAGA